GAAGCUUAACCUUGGAUUUAUCAGUAUCGGUCAUUAUAUCAUUUUGCAAUACAUUUUAACUCGAGUUGUGUGACAGUUGCCUACAUUCACUAAGCCAGCGUUAUCAUGGUAGCCGGUGCGCUCUUUAAAUCUGCGAAAAGUUCUUUGACAUUGGUACAAUGUGCAAAGACAUCUAUAACAGGAGUGAGGACAUUCACAAGUGUACUGAAUGAUCAGCAGCUGGAAAUUCAAAAAAUAGCAAGACAAUUUGCAGAUGAACAGCUGAAGCCAAAUGCUAGGAAGCUGGAUUUGGAAGGAAGGUUCCCCUUUAACCAGAUCAAAUGCCUCACAGACAUGGGCUUUAUGGGCAUGGCAGUAGAGGAAACAUACGGAGGUCGAGAGCUCGACUACCUAUCAGUGGCCGUGGCUGUGGAGGAACUGUCCCGUGGCUGUGCCAGUACUGGCAUGAUCAUGAGCCUCCAUAACUUCCUCUAUACAAACCUUGUUAACGAAAAAGGCACAGCACAACAGAAGGAAAUCUUUCUCUGUGAUUUUACUAAGGGAUCUAUUGGGUGUUUUGCACUCAGUGAACCUGACGCGGGCAGUGACGUAGCUAGUAUAAAGACCAAGGCAACCUUCGAUGGAGACCAUGUCAUACUGAACGGCAAGAAGAGCUGGGUGUCUUCUGCUAUCGAGGGGUCUGCGCUCGUAGUAUUCGCUACCGUAGACCCUGCGCUCCGACAUAAAGGAUUAGCGUGUUUCCUCGUACCGACGGAAGCAGAAGGUGUAUUCAGAGGAAAGAAGCAACCUUUGAUGAGCGUCAGUGUUUAUGACAGGGCGGUGACGGCUUGUGACGUCACAUUCGAGGAGGUGCGCAUACCGAAGGCCUACAUGGUGGGGCAGGUGGGCGAGGGCUUCAAGAUUGCGAUGGAACAAUUAGAUCAGGCGAGGAUAGGUAUCGCAGCUCAUGCUGUCGGUAUCGCACAAGCGGCUUUAGACACAGCUAUUAAUUAUGCCAAAGAAAGGGAAGCCUUUGGUAAAAAGCUGACCAGAUUACCUUCCGUUCAGGAGCGUCUGACGGAGAUGAGCAUCCUGACGGAGACGGCGCGGCUGCUGACGUACCGCGCGGCGACGCACGUCAGCACCAAGAACAGCUCGAUGGCGAAGUACGUGGCGGGCAGGAACGCCACCGCCGCCGCAGACCACUGCGUGCAGAUACUGGGCGGCCGCGGGCUCGCCACCACGCACGACGCCGAGAGACAUUACAGGGAUGCAAGAGGUACUCAGAUCUACGGCGGCGUGACAGACGUACAGAAGCGUCUCAUCGGACACUACCUGCUGCGGGAACACGACGCGCUCUAAUAAAACCUUUCAGCUAAGUGAUUCUCAACAAGGACGAACUCGACAAUAACUACAUAUCUAAUUACAAUGCAAUUAGUUUUAAAUAUAUUUAUCGCAUACAAAGUAACGCACAAUAAAUGAACGGUGGGAUAAUCUGUAACCAAUUAUACUUACUAAAGUCAAAUUCAAUAAAAAUAACAAAAUUUAAUAAAUUUACUUAAAAAUAUCAAUAUACUUUA